AGUAGGCCAUCGUAAGAAGCGGAAUGGUGUCACCGAUCCAGACGACGAGCUCACAUAAACGGGGCGCCUCGUUAUGCAACGUUUCGCUCGUGAAGCUCGCAAGCAAAAGCGGUUUCAAAAAUGAUGCCUUCGCGCCUUUCUCGGGUCAGCGCUGCGUGUGCUGCGGAGGGGCCUCCGUAAGGCAUCGAUGCAGCUGCCGCCAUCUUCCGGGACAUGAACGCGACGGCUGUUGCCACGGCGACGCGCGUAUAUGUGUUUGCGUGCGGCUCUCCGCCGCUCACUGCUUUCGAGGAAGCGGCGUCAGAGGUGGAUGGACAUGAGCAGCAACGCGUCAGCGUCGAGUGGCGGCGGAAGCAACGGCGGCGCCUGGCUGCGCGCCCACCACGACCCGUACGCGUCGCUGUACGCCCUUCCGGGAGGCGUGUGCACGGCCGACGUGCUGGCCGACGGCGACCAGCGGCUUCUGGUGGCCGACCUGCGCAACGGAGGACGCCUGCGCCUUUUCCGCGGGGGACGCCAGCAGCAGCAAGGCGAGCAGGCCCUAGCCGCGCUGCCAUGCGGACUGGCUGCCUUUCGAACGGAGUCCGCCCCACCGGGGCAGCCUCCGUCCGUUGCCGUGGCAGCGGGUUCCUGCCUGUACGUGUACCGCAACCUGCGGCCCUUCUACAAGUUCAGCCUGCCCCACACGGCCGCGGACGAGGAAGAAAAGGAGGCCUGGUCUAAGCACCAGGAUCCGGCCGAUCCGGACGCCCUCAGGGACGCCCUCGAGGCUCUGCGAUCCCAAGGAGGGAUGGGAAGAUUGACGGCACGCUCUCAGAGGUUCCUGCUAUUGGAGCCGGAUGAGACAAAGGCGUUCAUCGAGGCCAACAGGGAAUUCCCGCUCAAGCGGCAUACGCAGAGAACAAGCCCCAGACGACGAAAUUUUUUCUUAAGUGUUUACACGCACCAAUUAGCUUAUCAACAAAUAGCUAGUAAUAAGCUCUAUAUGGCGAAGCGUUUCCGCGACGGAAAGUCACGCGCAGUUCGGGGCGCACAGCGAAGGCGCGCGAUGGCUUCAUGGCAGGUGACCGCCCUGGGCGUGCUCAAGAAGAGCCUGGCGGACGAGGACGCCGCCAGCUGCCUGCUGCUCGCCACCGAGGACGGACGCCUGUUCGUGCUCGAGCCGGACGCCUUCACGCUGCUCGCCGCCGUGCAGGCAAGCACCGGCUUCUAUGCAAUCAAUCAAUCGAUCAAUCAAUCAAUCAAUCAAUCAAUCAAUCAAUCAAUCAAUCAAUCAAUCAAUCAAUCAAUCAAUCAAUCAAUCAAUCAAUCAAUCAAUCGUUUAUUUAACGUGCCCAGCUUUUCGAAUUUCGAAAAUCGUCGUCAGCGUACUCCCUCGCACACGCGUGCGUGGCUCUGCCCGCUGCAGGUUCCGGGCGCCGUGUGCUGCCUGGACGCGCAGGGCGCCUUCGACGUGGACUUCCACGUGGCGCUGGCCACUCGCGACGACCGGCUGCACCUCGUCAAGCGGGGCCACAAGGCGUCGCGCGUCCUCGCCCAGCCCGGGGCGUCCGCCGUGGGGCUCUGCCACCUGGAGCCCGGACAGCUGGUGGCCGCGUGCGCCGACCGGCGCCUGCGCGCUUACUCCGUCAAGGGCCAGUGCCUGUGGAGCGUGCCGCUGGGAGCCCAGCCGCUGGCGGUGGCAGCGGUGUGCCGGCCGGGCGUGUGCCAGGCAGCGGCCGUGGCGCUCUCGGACCGCCGCGUGGUGCUGCACGGCGCGGCCGACGGGGCGCCGACGCACGUGCUCCACACGAGGGACGCCGUGUCCGCCGUCCACUUCGGCCGCCUCGGGAGGGAGGACAACGCCCUGGCCAUGGUUGGCACCGGAGGCAGCCUGACGGUGCUGAUCCUGCGGCGCAACGCCCAGCUGCUGCAGUCGCCGUCCUCGACCCGCGAGGCGCCCGGAGGUGGCGCGCUGGGCGCUCCCCGCUGGAGCCUUCCCAAGAAGACCAAGCUGUUCGUGGACCAGACGAUGCGCGAGAGGGAGCACUCUGUCGCCAUGCACCGGGGCUUCCUGCGCGACCUGCAGCGCCUGCGGCUGACGGCAGCGCGCCACUACCACCGCGCCGUGCUGGGAGGUGCGGCGCCCGCACGAGCCGCCGACGGCACCGGAGAAACGGGCCCCGCGCUCGUCGAGCUGUCGGCGCAGGUGCAGGGCCUGGGACCCCGACUUGCCGUCCACGUGCGUCUGCAGUCGUCGCGGCCGCUCAGCCGGCUCACCAUGGUCGUGCACGGAGACGACCAGUACCGACUGCACAAGCCCGUCAUGCAGGUGGCAUACCUGGUUCCAGGCCUUGCUUACCGCUACACCGCAAUCGUCACGGCGGAUUCCGGCGUGCCCGGAGUGCUCAAGGUGGUCGUGGCUAGGCAGACGAAGGUCCUGGCGACAGCUCUGGUGCAGAUGCCUGCUCUGGAUAUGCCUUAGCUGUGCUCACUCGAUCGCAACAAGAAAGAGGACUGGACGCAGCUGUUAAUAUUUUUUUAAAUACAUGCAAUUGUUCAGA